UGGGAGGGAGUAUAUAUUUUUUCAAUUUUUCAACAAAAUCUCGUUGCUCAGCCAGGUAGGACGUACGGAGCUGGUCAUCUCUUCUUUGCCCGCUAGGCGCUAUCCAUUUUUGUUGGCGAGUUGAAGAAGCUGAAAUCUCCGAUCCAUUUCCAUGGUUGAAGAAACAAAAGUAUGUGGUCUGUGGGAACUUCAAAGGGAUUGUUAGAAGUUGCCAAAUUCGCAGUAUACGUAUCCGUACCGGUUGAUCUCAUGUACUUCUCCGCCAUCCAUCCAUCUCUCUAUGUGUGCUGUAGCUGUUGUUUGAUAUAGUAACUUAAAGAUGUGGUUGGAUGCUGGAAGCUGUUUGGAGUACAAACAAUUAUGCCCAAGGAAUCACAUCUCUCCACCAGGAAGUAUACAAAAGUUCUCGUGUUUACAAUUCAAAAGGUGGCUAGAGGACGACUCCAUAGUUGGAGUAUUUUCUUCUGGGGGAGUCGUACUGUUUUGGCGAGGCUUAGCUAACUCAGGUGUCCUUUUUUGUUGAACUUGUACCGGACGAUGUUUGGAGGGAACACUGCAAACUUGUCUUUUUCAAAAGUUGGUGAAAUUGCUCUAAAACUUGUACCCAAACCACCUCAGGGACCCGAAUCAAAGUUCAUAUCAUUAUUGCAAUUAUGUAAUACUCCAAGGAACCUUGAACAAAUUCAAACUCAGAUCACAGUGCGCGGUCUUGAUCAAGAUGAGUACACAAUGCCUCUUUUCCUGCUGAAAUGUUUUGAAUUAAAUCAAUUUUGUUGCGCUCGCCAGCUGUUUGAUCAAACUACCUACCCAAGCUCUUACCUCUGGAAUACUAUGUUCAAAGGGUACCUCCUUAAGAACCAGCACAGAGAGGUGCUGGUGCUUUUUCGCCUUAUGAGGAAUGCAGAUGAGAAGCCGAGCUGCUAUACAUUCUCCAUUAUUUUGAAGUCUUGUGGGAGAUUAUUUGCUCUGAGAGAAGGCGAGGAAGUGCAUUGUGUUGCAUUCAAGACUGGACUCAGGUCUAAUACAUUUGUGGGCACUACUCUGAUCGAUUUGUAUUCAAGAACAAUGCAAAUCAAGUGUGCUCAUACAGUGUUUAGUGAGAUGGUUUUGAGAAAUGUAGUAACAUACACUUCUAUGAUCAACGGCUUCAUUGAGAACGGUGAUUUGACUACUGCUAGGAGGCUAUUUGACUCGGCACCGGAGCGAGAUGUUGUCUUGUGGAAUACCAUGAUUGUAGCCUAUAUUGAGUGCAGGGACAUGACAGAAGCUAGGAAACUUUUCACUGUGAUGCCAAUGAAGGAUUUGAUGUCAUGGAAUACCCUGUUGAAUGGCUAUGCGAAAUCUGGGAAUGUUGAGGAGUGUGAGAAGCUGUUCAAAGUAAUGAAGGAGAGAAACAUUUUUUCUUGGAAUGGUUUGAUAAGAGGAUACGCCCAUAAUGGACAUUUCGUUGAAGUUCUUCGUGCUUUUAAUAGGAUGUUAACCGUUUCUGAAGCUCAACCUAAUGAUGCCACUCUUGUUAAUGUGUUGUCUGCUUGUGCUAGACUAGGAGCUCUUGAUAUGGGCAAGCGGGUGCACACUUAUGCGAUGAGCAUUGGUUAUAAAGAUAAUAUAUAUGUUGGGAAUGGUUUGGUUGAUAUGUAUGCAAAGUGCGGGGUGAUUGAAAAUGCAACUGAUGUUUUUAUCAGAAUGGAAGUUAAAGAUUUGAUAUCUUGGAACACAAUAAUUAAUGGUGUGGCGGUCCAUGGUCAGGCAGUUGCUGCCUUGAUGUUAUUUGAUCAGAUGAGGGAUGCUUGUGUAAGACCUGAUGGAAUAACUUUCAUUGGUGUAUUAUGCGCUUGCUCCCACAUGGGUCUAGUCUCAAAAGGAUUUGACUAUUUUCAAUUGAUGCUCAACAAGCAUUCUAUUGUGCCUCAAAUUGAACACUAUGGCUGUAUGGUUGAUCUUCUGGCUCGUGCUGGCCAUUUUGAGCAAGCUGUGGAAUUUGUGCAUAAGAUGCCUAUGCCAGCUGAUAGCGUUAUAUGGACCACAUUACUUGGGGCUUGUAGGAUUUACAAGAAAGUCGAUUUUGCUGUAUUGGCUCUUCAAAAACUGACUGAGCUUGACCCAAAUAACCCUGCAAACCAUGUAACUCUUGCUAAUAUUUACGGUGAUGCUCAUAGAUGGAAAGAUGUGGCAAAGCAGAAGGUUGCGAUGAGGGAUACUGGUUUUAAGAAACUGCCAGGGCAUAGUUCUAUUGAAGUUGACGACCAUGUAGCUGAGUUUUAUUGCUUUGAUGAGAGGCAUGCCAAGACACAUGCUAUAUAUGGAGCUUUGAAAGGAUUGAUGAAAACAUCAAUAUCUUGUGAUACUUCAUGGAAUUUGAUAAAUGAACCCUGAUCAAGUUGAACAUGCCCGUUAUAGGAAAAACCCAUGUUUGGUUUAAACCACAUUCUUCUUCUUUCAAGUUUGCACCCCAUAAUUGGAGAAGUAUUUGACUUUGUACCCCACUAAGGUGGUGUCCCCGGAAUUGACACUGGUGGCAGUUUUGAUAAUAGGCAGUGCGGGGGCCAGAGUGGUGGCGGCUCAGGUUGGGCGGCAGUGAUGGCGGAGGAUGGUGGCGGCGUUGGUUGGGCGGAAAUGGAUGGAGACGCCGGUGUGGGCAGCGGCAGGUCAUUCCGGUGAGGGCAGCAUCGACAGUUUUGGUACAAGGUGGCGAUGGCACCGGUAGCGCAGCUAGGGUUUUACUUUUAUUUUUUAUUGUACAUAUUUUAGAAUUUCAUUAAGGGUAAUCUUGUCAAGUCAAUACAUUUUUAAUCCUAUGAAACAUGAAAGUCCUAUUUGUGCAUUUGUUCAUUGUUUUAGUCCUAUUUAGGGAAUUAAUUCUAAAAACAGUAGAAAAUUAGUGAAAGAGCUGUGGUUUUAUGAGAGAUCAUUCAUACUCCAAUUCUUGUAAAUUCUUAUUUAGGACUUUUCUCUGACCAAGAACAAAUGUCAUUCCUUAUCUGUCUCAACUAUCAACCGAUCCUCUCUGGUUGAUGGAAAAAUUGAAUAGAUGAGAACUUUCCCAAAGUAGCGGCUUUCAUAAAUACCUUUUCGGUACAGUGGGAAAAUCCGAGGUCCCUAUAGAAAAGGAAUCACAAAACAACUACUUAAUGAAUCACUUCGAAUUUACUGUAAUCUCUAAAGAGAAAUUGUUGCUAUUGAAUCAGUGUUUCUAUUGUAAGCAUUUCCGUAGCUGUGGAGCUUCCCAGUUUGGUUUUUAAGGUUCUUGAGUAGAACGACUAUGACAAUCGGGCUGAAACAGGUCAGAUUAAAAGUGGGUUCUUGGCUCCGCAAGAAGAUUUUCAACCCUCUUCUCUAAAUCCUCAGUAGGUGUUACUAUAUUUCUGUGUGGAUUGGCUAUUGCAUUGCUUGGAUCUUUGUGUCUUGCCCCAACAGUAAUGGUUGCUAACUUUAUUGCCACCCCAAUUGAAUCGAGGCUAAUCUCUGUCAAUGCAUGCAUCAUUGGGGUACAACUAUGCAGUUUGAUAAUCCCAUUCCUGCGAUUUGGAGAAUCAAUUACUGGUGGCUCUCAUUUCUUGUUGAUAUCGGAUGCAAUAAUGAAGGGUUUCACUGGUGAAGCUUCACAUGAACUCUUGCCGACUAUUUUACGUGCGCUAUUGGGAUGGAUUGUGGCUGCACCAUUCAUUCUAGCAGGCCUAUAUAUACUCUUUAGCCAUGUUUUGCGAUCUUUGGUCAGUAAGUUGAGUGGCACAGUUCUUCGGUAUCCCCCCCAAGAUCCCAUUAAUUCAAACCCCAUGCUGAACUAAAGCUCACGGUGAGAGAUGUCUGAUCAACAAGGGUUAGGGAAAGUUUGUGGCAUAGGCAAAGCUAAUAAAUCUCAUCUUGUUACCUUUAAUUUGCUUGUAAACAGAACUCUGGAGAGUCUUAUUUAUGCAUGUAUAUAUGUGCCAAUAUUUGAUGCAUAUUUUGCUAAUAUUUUGGUACGGAGUACCUCUGUAGUCUGUACCCAUAAAAAUAUUCAUGUCUAUCCAAUGUAUAACUUUUGAGUUUAAUAACCAAAC